AUGGCUUUGAAUGGGGAUGCUGAAGCCCAGGCCCUGGACCGCGACAGACUGUGGCAGAAGCUCAUCACGAGCUCCACCAAGCGCCGCAUCCACGAGCUGUCGGGCCUGCAGCAACAGGUCGCAGAUGACUCACUGAAGACUGCCGACCUGCAAGCGCUCCUAGAAACACUUUUCGAGACAUACCCGCUAUACGAGGACCGCGAAUCCCGCCGCGCCGUCGAAGGCGUCCUCAGGUCGCUGGUGACGGGCCCACACGGAACAAAGGUGCUGCCGCCUAUCGUCAAGUUCCUGCAACAAGAGUGUGCAAAGAAGGGCAUUGCCCACUCCAAUGCCUUUGUGCUCAACGACUGGUGCUCGGUGCUGCUUCUGCAACUCGCAAAGUCACCCGAUGCUUGGGCAACCCACGGACUGAACGUCGCCCUCGCCGAUGCGCGCGCAAUAGAGUUGUGUGUGGGCACAGGCAGCGAUCGCCGGGCUAGCCGCCUCGCACACUCUGCCCUCGUCUCUACUAGACGAGCUCUGCGCGCCGUCUUCCGCUCAGAGGCAAUCGCCCAAGACGCUCUCUCCAAACUCGUCACUACCCUCACCGCAAAGGGCUCUGCUCCCACGGCUGGAAAUGCCGUCUUCCUCGGUGUCAUCGCAGGCGUCUCGUCUCGCCUGCCAACCAUCAAGCCGCUCCUCGAAAAUCACAAGCAAGAUUACUAUGCCUUCUACACAAGAGAAAUUAUUGGCUCGAGAAACCAACUCCCACACCACAUCUCCAACGCCCUGCACGAUUUCUUCGACACCUUCCCUACCUUGGACGAGCUGCGCACCAAUGUCUUCCAACCCAUUGAAAAGGCUCUCCUGAGAGCACCUGAAGUGGUGCUCAACGACAUCGUCUCGCCCAUGAUCCUCGCCCUGCCCGAGUCCAUGGACCUCUCAGAAAUUCUCCUCAGCAACAUGCUGAAGCCGCUGCUGGCUAACGUCAAAUCUACCAACCCGAUUAUUCGAGCUGGCGCCCUGCGCACCUUCAAGGCCCUUGCCUCACGAUCAAAGGAUAGCGACAGGAUUGACAAAGUAGCAGACGAAGUGCUGAAUCCUCUCAAACAGGGCAAGGUGUCGGGUGCUGACCAGAAGGUCCUGCACGCUCAGAUGCUUACGGCGUUACCCGAGUCUCCCUCACUGUCCAAGAAAAUUCCCGUAGGCAUCGCAGCCGUUGCCUUGAAGGAGGCAAGUGAGCCAGCUGUGCUUGCAGAAGUGUCAGCAAUGACAACCCAUCUGAACUUCGGUCUAGCCAACGGUGUUGCCCUCGACAAGGCGGUAUCCGAUGCCUUUAUCAAAGGCAUGGGAGACAAGCGCGUUCCUGUCAAGCGGCUCUGGGCCGUCCGUGCAGCGGAUAUUUGGUGGAAUUUGUCUGAAGAGCAGCAGAGCCAACUAGAUGUACUUGCCUUCUGCCAAGCCACGCUUCCAAAGCUCGUUGAGCUCUGGCAAGAUGUCAAUACCAAUCCACUCCCAGCAGCCCAAAGUGGCUUAGCCACAGUAGGACACUACGUUGCGGCGCUUCUCAUUGAUAGAGUCCAGAACAUGAAGGAUGAGAAACUAACAUCCAUCUUCAAAAAAUCCGAUGUCAUCUCACAAUCUCUCGCCACGCAGCCCAAGCCUUCCUUCAUCCUCAACCCGAAAGUGUACUCGAAACUAUCCGCUGAGGAAGAUGUCUCGAUUGCAUUACUUGCACUGAACGCCGUUGCACCAAGUGUCACACAAUCUUCCUCCAAGGAUGUUCGCGAUUCAUGGGCACAGGCGUAUAUAUUCCUCAUCGUAUCGCAGAGCAUCUCUGCUAAAGCAAAGUCGGCUGCUAAACAAGCACUGACGCAAGUCUACCUCCAAACAUCCCCAGAGAAGAUCAGCAGCAUCAUCAUAGAUGGAAUCUGGACGUGGUAUAAGUUAAAUGAGCUUGAGGACAAGGACAGCGCUGCACUGGCAUCCAAAACAGGCUCUAACGAGCUUGGGGCAGUUCUAGCCUGUAUUUGCCUACCCCCAGAUACGACAAAGAAACAGGGUGUAAGCAUCGAGCCUUCGACUCUGCACAAACAGGCGAGAGACCUUGUUGUUCUGGCAAGAAAGGAAGUCAUUCCUCGAGUAUCUUGGAUCGAGCUGUGUCUGCGCAUGGGCGUUGAUCCCGGUGAUGUAGUUCGGAACAAUCUGGAAGACUUUAUGCAGACUGUCAAUGAGUCUACAGAGAACAAGGACAAUGACCGAUUUCCAGCAAUUGGCUUGGCAGCCUAUAGUGCAUACUCUGACAUGGCUUUCGUUGCUCCAGAUGCUGCCUUGCCCGCCGUAGUCAAGCAAUUCAGUCAAGAUCUGGAUCCAAAACAGCUGGAAGCCGUUGGUCCGACCGAAGCUGCCAUUUUCCGUACUCCUGAAGGCACGGCUUAUAUCGAUGUCCUGUCCAAGAAGGCGCCCGUUGUGAUAGACAAGAAUACCAAGGACUACGAUACUCUGAAGUGGGAAGAGGAGCUCCGAGCACAACUGGCGCAAAAGAAGGGUCAGACUAAGAAACUUACUGCAGAUGAGCAAGCCAAGGUCAAUGCUCAGCUGGCUAAAGAAUCAGCCAUUAGGAAGGAAGUUUCUGGUAUUGAGCAAAGAAUGAAGCGAGGAGUGGGCAUUAUCCAGAGCCUUGCAACUGGCCCCCCUACCGAUGCAGAUCAGUGGAUGGGUCCGGCCGUGGAUCUCUUGAUCCAAGCUGUGCGCGCUGGCGCUGGACUUCUCCUAGGAGAUGUCCCGGCAACUGCUUUGAUCGCUUGUUCUGAAAAGAUUUCUAGCCGUUUGGGUCCACUAAGACCAUUUGUUGGCGUGGCUGUACUUCGAACAAUUGGCUCCAUACAACUCGCGAAAGAGUACGAGGAUGAAGACCUUGGUGACCUUGUGACACGCGUCAUGUACCGCAUUCGUUUCUUGAGUGAACAAAGACCAUUGGACGCUGUAUCUCUCGCCUACUGCUUACCCCUCAUCUUCUUAGUCUUGGAAAAGGGUGGUAUAGGCAAAUCCUCGCCUGAGGAAGUUGAUGAACAGCUUAUCCUCGCCAUCGAAAUUCUUACAUUCCAUACAAACUCUUGUACUGACCCCCGUCUUCCACGCAAGAACAUGUUAGAGAUUCUUGUGUGGUCAAUGCAACGGUACCAGCAACACUACAAGUUGAUCAAGGAUUGUCUUUUGGAUCUUGCUCGUGGUCUGGCUCCGAACAUUACCAACGACGAGCUGACAGCCCUGCUUCGUGGAACCAUUGUCCCGGAGACCGGUGUCCGAACAGCGACUCUUCAAGCCAUAGAUGCUGAGCUAGACAUGAACGGCAUGACCUUCAGCGAAGAAAUAUUCAUUGCUUGUCAUGACGAUGUACCGGAAAACGCGGAACUUGCACAGACAAUCUGGGAGGAGAAUGAUCUCGAAUUGAAGCCAGACGCGGGUGUACAGAUGCUACCAUAUCUCGAUUCACUGGACAAACCACUCAGACGAGCUGCUGCUCGAUCUAUCGGCGAGAUCAUAACCAAAUACCCAGAUACAUUCGACGACCUUUUGAAGAGGCUUCGCGAGUCAUAUACGGAAAAGGCUAAGCCGCGGGUUCCUGAGCGUGAUGAGUAUGGUAUGCCCCGAAAGGUUGAUCUACGAGAUCCUUGGGAGAGCAGAGAUGGCAUUGCACUCACCUUCAAGGAAAUGACUCCGGGAUUUAAGCCUGAUGACCUCCCUGAGUUCUUCAACUUUUUGAUUUAUGAGGGCCCUCUGGGAGAUCGAAGCCCCGCAGUCCGAGACGAAUUGAUAGAAGCAGCAACAUCAGUCAUCUCAGCGAAGGCGCAGACCAAGGUUGAGCCAUUGAUGGAACUUUUCGAGAACGCGCUCGAAGCACCUGAUCGCAAAUCCGAGAUGUAUGAUCAAGUCAACGAAGCAGUCGUCAUUCUUUACGGUGCACUCGGUCGUCAUUUGGCUGCUGGAGAUGAGCGAGUUCCAAAGGUCGUGCAAAGGUUGUUGUCGACCCUCAGUACACCUUCAGAGACAGUGCAAUAUGCCGUCGCGCAAUGUCUCCCGCCUUUGGUUCUCACAUCAGAACAGGAGCUUUCUACAUACAUCAACCAGAUGAUGGAGCAGUUACUACAAUCCAAGAAGUAUGCCUCAAGGCGCGGCGCUGCUUAUGGACUUGCAGGCAUCGUCCGAGGAAAGGGCUUGAUCGUACUCAAAGAAUACCGCAUCAUGUCUACGCUCAAGGGAGCUAGCGAAAACAAGAAGGACCCCAACCAGAGGCAGGGAGUAUACCUAGCGUAUGAGCUGCUCUCCUUGAUUAUGGGCCGCUUGUUCGAACCAUAUGUCAUUCAGCUCGUCCCACAGUUGCUUGCUGGAUUUGGUGACACCAGCGCAGACGUCCGCGAGGCUUGUCUUGACGCAGCAAAAACCUGCUUCUCCACACUCAGUUCCUUUGGAGUGAAGCAGGUGCUCCCAAUACUCCUGGAUGGUCUUGAUGAGGACCAAUGGCGCAGUAAGAAGGGUGCCUGCGAUUCUUUGGGAGCUAUGGCCUACCUGGACCCGAACCAGCUGGCUCUCAGCUUGCCCGAUAUUAUCCCACCUCUUACUGUAGUCUUGACAGACAGUCACAAGGAAGUAAGGGCUUCAGCAAACCGAAGCUUGCAACGCUUCGGAGAAGUCAUUAGCAACCCCGAGAUCAAGAGUGUCGUCAACAUCAUCCUCAAGGCUCUUAGCGACCCUACGAAAUACACCGACGAUGCCCUUGACGCAUUGAUCAAGAUUCAAUUCGCUCAUUUCCUAGACGCUCCAUCUCUCGCUCUGGUGGUUCGUAUCCUGGAACGAGGAUUGGGAGAUCGAUCGGGUACAAAGCGAAAGUCUUCCCAGAUCAUUGGAAGCUUGGCAUACCUUUCCGAGCGAAAGGAUCUCAUCUCUCAUUUGCCAAUUUUGGUCGCUGGUUUGCGCGUUGCGAUUGUGGACCCUGUGCCGGCCACGCGUGCCACCGCGUCCAAAGCACUCGGUUCACUCGUGGAAAAGCUUGGAGAGGAUGCGCUACCCGAUCUUAUUCCGAGCCUUAUGGCUACACUCAAGUCCGACACAGGUGCGGGAGACCGACUUGGUUCUGCACAAGCACUUUCGGAAGUCCUCGCAGGUCUUGGAACUGGACGUUUGGAGGAAACGCUUCCAAGUAUCCUACAGAACGUUGCCAGCAGCAGGGCCUCAGUCCGCGAAGGAUUCAUGUCGCUCUUCAUCUUCUUGCCGGUCUGUUUCGGAAACAGCUUUGCCAACUAUCUCAGCAAAAUCAUUCCCCCAAUUCUUGGUGGUCUUGCAGACGACGUCGAAUCAAUCCGAGAAACUGCCUUGCGCGCGGGUCGUCUUUUGGUUAAGAAUUUCGCUACCAAGGCCAUCGAUCUCCUGCUUCCCGAAUUGGAGAGAGGUCUUGCAGACGACAGCUACCGUAUCCGUCUCAGUUCCGUCGAGCUUGUUGGAGACCUUCUCUUCAACCUCACUGGUAUCAGUGGCAAGGUGGAAGAAGAAGAGGUGGAAGAGGGUGCCAAAGAAGCCGGCCAGUCUCUGCUCGAAGUACUCGGAGAAGAGAAGCGAAACAAGGUUUUGUCUGCGUUGUACAUAUGCAGGUGCGAUACUUCGGGUCUGGUGCGCACUGCAUCCGUCACCGUCUGGAAGGCAUUGGUUGCCAGUCCUCGUACCCUGCGGGAACUUAUCCCUACGCUCACACAACUCAUCAUCCGUCGCUUGGCAAGCUCGAACAUGGAGCAGAAGGUCAUUGCCAGCAACUCCCUUGGAGAACUUAUUCGAAAGGCUGGAGACGGUGUAUUGGCUACUUUGUUGCCUACUUUGGAAGAAGGUCUUCAUACUACCGAUACCGACACCAAGCAGGGUAUCUGCAUUGCCUUGCGAGAACUUAUCGCAGCUGCUUCACCAGAACAGCUUGAGGAUUAUGAGAAGACACUCAUACAGGUCGUCCGAACAGCUCUGGUGGAUCACAAUGCAGACGUGCGAGAAGCUGCAGCGGAUGCAUUCGAUGCUCUUCAGCAAAUUCUCGGCAAGAAGGCCGUCGACCAGGUCUUGCCAUAUCUACUCAACCUUCUGCGGUCAGAGGAUGAUGCCCAGAAUGCCCUCUCGGCACUUCUCACUCUUCUCACAGACCAGGCAAGGUCCAACAUCAUUCUGCCAAAUCUGCUACCAACGCUUCUUACUUCCCCAAUGUCUGCCUUCAAUGCUCGCGCCAUUGCAUCGUUGGCUGAAGUUGCAAGCUCUUCCAUGUCUAGGAGAUUGCCAAAUAUCCUCAAUACUAUCAUGGACAACAUCAUUGCUACAAAGGACGAAGAUCUCAAGUCAGAACUGGAAGCAUCUUUCGACAAGGUACUCCUGUCUGUGGAUGAGUUUGAUGGGCUCAAUACCGCCAUGAGUGUCAUGCUUGCUUUGUCGAAGCACGACGACGAGAGGCGACGCGCACGUGCGGAUAUGCACCUUGCCAAGUUCUUCGCAGAAGCGGAUGUCGACUUUUCGAGGUACUAUCCCGAUCUUAUUCGUGCACUCCUCAUUUCCUUUGACGACAGCGAUCCCGAGGUCGUCAAAGCAGCAUGGACUGCGCUCAGUACCCUCACAUCGAAGCGGCUGCGAAAGGAAGAGAUGGAGUCGCUCGUCAUGUCUACACGCCAAACACUCAACCAAGUCGGUGUUGCCGGUGCAGACCUUCCCGGUUUCUCCUUGCCAAAGGGUAUCAACGCCAUCUUGCCUAUUUUCCUGCAAGGUCUCAUGAACGGAUCGGUAGAGCAGCGAACACAGUCUGCAUUGGCUAUCUCUGAUAUCAUUGACCGUACAAGCGCCAAAGCACUGCAGCCAUUUGUCACUCAGAUUACUGGACCUCUCAUUCGUGUGGUUACAGAGCGCUCUGUCGAUGUCAAGGCCGCCAUCCUACUCACGCUCAAUAAUCUCCUCGGAAAGAUUCCUACCUUCCUCAAACCUUUCCUACCGCAACUUCAACGAACAUUUGCCAAAUCACUCGCAGACACAUCCUCUGAUAUCCUACGAGCACGAGCGGCCAAGGCUUUGGGUACACUGAUCAAGCUAACACCAAGGGUGGACCCUCUAAUUGCCGAGUUGGUGACGGGAUCCAAGACAAGCGACGAGGCUGUCAAGACUGCCAUGCUGAAAGCUCUGUUUGAAGUAGUAAGCAAGGCGGGCAAGAACAUGAGCGAAGCGAGCAGAAAUUCCAUUUUGGGUCUCAUUGAUACUGAGACCGAUGAAUCCAAUGACGCAAUGGCCAUUACAAAUGCUCGACUUUUGGGUGCCCUCAUCAGUUGCUUACCCGGAGAAAUUGCUGCCAGCCUGCUGAAGGCCCGUGUCCUUACGACACAUUACAACAAAGCUUCCGUGUUGGCGCUCAACGCUAUCUUGCUUGAUGCACCCGAAGCCUUGACAGAAUCUUUUGCUGACGAGACUGUGUCCAUUAUCUGCCAGGGUAUUGCGCACUCACAACCGUUUAUUUCAGACAAUUCGGUCCUUGCAGCGGGCAAAUAUCUGCUGUCUGAGAAGAGCAACAAGAGUUUCGAUCAUACAAAACCAAUUUUCGAGGCUCUUGCGCCAGUUGUUGAGCCGGGCAAUCCUGUUGAUACGAGGCGGUUGGCGCUUGUGGUGCUUCGAACCGUCUCGCGGCAACACAACGAGCUCGUCCGGCCACAUAUUCCAUUGGUCAUACCAGUGGUAUUCGCAUCUGUUCGUGAUCCGGUCAUUCCAGUCAAGCUGGCUGCAGAGGCAGCCUUCCUUAGCAUCUUCUCGGUAGUAGACGAGGAAAGCACCGUGUUCGACAAGUACAUGACUGGUCCAGGCAAGAGCUUGUCUCCUGGUCAGCAACGUAGCAUGGGAGACUAUUUCAAGCGUGUGGCCAUGAGGCUAGCAGGGCAAGCAAGAGAAAGGAAAGAGGCAGAAGGUGGAGCAGGCGGUCUUGGUCUAUCUAGUGAUGAGGUUGAGGAUGAACGUGAAAUCUGGAGUGUCGGAAAGGUUGAGCUAGGAGAUGUGUUUGGCGAUGAUUCGUGA